GCGCCUAUAAGGCCUGGGCGGGCCGGGCCACUGCACAUACAGUCCCUGCCAUGGCGCUCAGCGAGCCUAUCCUGCCGUCCUUUGCUACCUUCGCUAGCCCGUGCGAGCGCGGCCUCCAGGAGCGUUGGCCGCGCAAUGAGCCCGAGGCGGGCGGCACCGAUGAGGACCUCAACAGCGUGCUGGACUUCAUCCUGUCCAUGGGACUGGACGGUCUAGGCGCCGAGAAUCCUCCCGAGCCGCCGCCGCAGCCGCCGCCGCCUGCGUUCUACUACCCGGAUUCGGGCGCCCCGCCGCCCUACGGCACCCCCGCGCCUGGUCUGGGAACCGACCUGUUGCGCCCGGAGGUGGACGCGCCCCAGGGGCCCGCUCUGCACGGCCGCUUCCUCCUCGCACCCCCGGGACGGCUGGUGAAGGCCGAGCCCCCCGAGGUAGACGGCGGUGGCUACGGCUGCGCGCCCGGCCUGGCUCGCGGGCCGCGCGGGCUGAAGCUUGAGGGCACCCCGGGAGCGGCAGGUGCAUGCAUGCGGGGUCCCGCCGGCCGCCCCCCGCCGCCCCCGGACACGCCACCGCUGAGCCCCGACGGCCCCGCGCGCCUCCCCGCGCCCGGUCCCCGCAACCCGUUCCCACCUCCCUUCGGCCCUGGCCCCGGCUUCGGGGGUCCCGGCCCCACGCUGCACUACGGGCCCCCCGCGCCGGCCUUCGGGCUCUUCGACGACGCGGCCGCCGCGGCUGCAGCAGCGCUAGGCCUGGCUCCCUCGGCCACGCGCGGUCUCCUCACGCCACCCUCGUCCCCACUGGAGCUUCUAGAGGCCAAGCCCAAGCGCGGCCGCCGCUCCUGGCCCCGCAAGCGAGCCGCCACGCACACUUGCAGCUACACCAACUGCGGCAAGACCUACACCAAGAGCUCGCACCUAAAGGCUCAUCUGCGCACGCACACAGGUGAGAAGCCUUACCAUUGCAACUGGGACGGCUGCGGCUGGAAGUUUGCACGCUCAGACGAGCUUACCCGCCACUACCGUAAACACACAGGUCACAGGCCCUUCCAGUGCCACUUGUGCGACCGCGCCUUCUCCAGAUCUGACCACCUGGCCCUGCACAUGAAGCGACACAUGUAGCCUGGGUCGAA